AUGCAGAAUAUUAAAAGUGAACGACGCCAGCACCAGCCCGUCACUAAAAUGACCGAGAAGAAGGCCAUGGGACCAACAGUGACACCCCAACUGGCUCGUAUGAGGGGCCAGUGGGUGCAGGAGACGACGGAGGUCACCAUCAAAGCUCCUAACAACAUGUUAGGGGUUGUGAUAGGCCCAGGUGGGUCUACCAUAAAAGAGAUCCAGGAAAAGUACAAAGUACGGGUCUUUGUGCCUCAGAAGGGGUCCAAGGACCAGCCCCUACGGGUUGAAGGGCCAGAUAAAGGCCUGGUGCACGACGCCGCGGAUCACAUAAAAGCCCUGGUUCAAAAGGCUGUGACUACGACAGUGACCAUCACUGCUCCUAACAACAUGUUAGGGGUUGUGGUAGGCCCAGGUGGCUCUACCAUAAAAGAGAUUCAGGAAAAGUAUAAGGUUCGCGUCUCUGUCCCUCAGAAGGGGUCCAAGGACCAGCCCCUACGGGUUGUAGGGCUAGAUAAAGGCCUCGUCCACGACGCCGCGGAUCACAUAAAAGCCCUGGUUCAAAAGGCUGUGACUACGACAGUGACCAUCACUGCUCCUAACAACAUGUUAGGGGUUGUGGUAGGCCCAGGUGGCUCUACCAUAAAAGAGAUCCAGGAAAAGUACAAAGUACGGGUCUUUGUUCCUCAGAAGGGGUCCAAGGACCAGCCCCUACGGGUUGUAGGGCCAGAUAAAGGCCUGGUGCAGGAUGCCGCGGAUCAUAUAGAGUCCUUGAUGGCCUAUGAAAAGGAAAGGCGGCGUCUCAGUACGCCAGUGUCACAAACAGUGUUCAUCCCUAAGGCCCAUCACGGCCUAAUAAUUGGCAGACAGGGUCAAAAUAUACGGUACCUAUCACUAACCCGUAGAGCCAUCGUUCUGCCCCAAAAUGUUAUAAGCGAUGAGGUCGCAGCGGUAUUGUGCCUGGUUAAACGUGGUCGCUCCACAUUUGUUACAACUCUGACUUCUGAGAGGCCCUUACUCUCUUGA